AUGUUUAGUUCAAUCAGAACAGCUGCUAGCCGUAUUAACACAAAAUCUUUCUCUACCGCAGCCAAACAAGCGGGCAAUUCUACACUAGCCAAGAAGGUUGGUAUACUUGGGGCUGUUUCAGCCGGUGUGGGAGCUUCAGCCGUUUUAUACGCAGAAUCUUUGAGUGCCGAAGCCAUGACGGCCGCAGAGCACGGUCUACACCCUCCCAGCUACGGCUGGUCGCACAACGGUCCUUUAGAAACCUUCGACCAUGCGUCAAUCAGAAGAGGAUACCAGGUGUACCGUGAGGUGUGUGCCGCGUGCCACUCUCUCGACAGAGUUGCAUGGAGAACCAUGGUUGGUGUGUCGCACACCAACCAGGAAGUACGUGAAAUGGCCGAAGAAUUCGAGUACGAUGACGAGCCUGAUGACCAGGGUAACCCAAGAAAGAGACCCGGUAAACUUGCCGAUUACAUUCCAGGUCCUUACCCCAACGAGCAGGCCGCCAGAGCAGCCAACCAAGGUGCCCUACCUCCAGACUUGUCGCUAAUCGUUAAAGCUAGACACGGUGGAGCCGACUACAUUUUCUCCCUAUUGACCGGUUACCCAGACGAGCCUCCUGCCGGUGUUGUCUUGCCACCUGGCGCCAACUACAACCCUUACUUCCCAGGUGGGUCCAUUGCAAUGGCCAGAGUGUUGUUUGACGAUCUUGUUGAAUACGAGGAUGGUACUCCUGCCACCACUUCCCAAAUGGCUAAGGAUGUCACCACUUAUUUGAACUGGUGCGCUGAGCCAGAGCACGACGAAAGAAAGAGACUAGGUUUGAAGGCCAUCAUCAUGUUGUCCUCUCUAUACCUAUUGUCCGUCUGGGUUAAGAAGUUCAAAUGGGCUGGUAUCAAAACCAGAAAGUUCGUCUUCAACCCUCCAAAGAAAUAA